GCGAGGCGGUGUAUUCACCAUUUCACGGGUGUGAUGGCUUAAAAAAGACCUUCGGAUUAAUUCAGAGGAAGAUGAAAGCUUUCAUAUGUCAGAUAAGGACUCUGGUGGGUUGUAGACUGAUGACGAGAUAAGACUGUCAACCUGCUGCUGUUUCUCAGAGAUGUAAAAGUUAUGGUUGUGAAAUGUAAACAUAAAAGUUUUCGGAGAAACGGAAAAAGAGAGACUCUGUGGUUGAAAAAGCGCUUUCCGGAUGGAGACGGACCUGAGGCUGGAGUCAAGUUUAUGGGUCGGGAAUAAAAGAUACCGGGCUGUUCUGACAGGCUGGCACUUCAACUGGACCGAGGUGGAUAAGAAGAACCGGGACAAGAAAACAAUUUCAGUACCUGUGGCGGAGUUGGUUGGAGUGGAGGAUGGCCGAGUGGAGAUCCUUCCCCAGAAGUCAGUCGAGGACACAGACAAAGACUUUACAGUUUUCUACGUGAAGCGCAGCAGCAGCGGGAGCUCUUAUGGGUUACUAUGGAGACUGGGCCGGACCCAGUUCAGCUGCCUCAGUCGGGUGCUCAGAGACCAGUGGACGAAACACUUGAGAACUGCCGUCAAGACUCACAGUCCGUUGCGUCCAAACAGGCUGUUGGUGUUUAUCAACCCAUUUGGAGGGAAGAAGAAAGGAAGGAAGAUCUACCAUUCUCUGGUUGCCCCUCUGUUUGAGCUGGCUGGUAUCAGCUCUCAUGUAAUAGUGACAGAGCGGGCAAACCAGGCCAGAGACCACCUCCUGAAGAAAGACCUGACGGGCUUUGAUGGUGUGGUGUGUGUGGGUGGGGAUGGCAUGUUCAGCGAAAUACUUCACGGUUUGAUUGGGCGGACACAACAAGAGGCAGGCCUUUGUGAGAAUGAUCCCACUGUCACCCUACAGCCCUGUCCGCUUCACAUUGGCAUCAUCCCUGCAGGUUCUACAGACUGUGUGUGUUAUGCCACAGUGGGAGUGAUCGACCCUGUCACUUCGGCUUUGCACAUCAUCAUUGGAGACUCUCAGCCUUUGGAUGUGUGUUCAGUCCAUCAAUCUUCUGCCCUGGUGCGCUACUCAGUGUCUCUGUUGGGCUAUGGCUUCUACGGUGACGUGCUGACUGAGAGUGAGAAGCACCGCUGGAUGGGACCUCUCCGAUAUGACUACUCAGGCACAAUGGUGUACCUGAGCAACAGGAGCUAUGCAGGCAUAGUUCAGUAUCUACCAGCAGACCCGCUGCUCUCCAGCCCGAGAGAUAGGACACGCUGCCUCUCAGGGUGCAAUGUGUGCUCCAAAAGCACAGAAAGACUUUUCCCCCACUCUUCAGAUUCAGGCUCACUGUACAGCUCCCACUUCAGCCACCUCAGCAGUGACUCAGAAGGCGAGUGGGUGAGCGUGGAGGGCAGGUUCAGGUGUGUGUCUCUCACUUGUAUGUCCAGCUCAUGUCCCAAAAGUCCUCUGGGCCUCUCUCCUUCUGCUCACCUGGCGGAUGGAACAGGUGACCUCAUCCUGGUGUGGGACACUCACCCACUGGGAUUCCUCAAGUUCCUCUACAGGCACACAAGCUCGCAGGACCAGUUUGACCUGCCGUUUGUGGAGGUUCACCGGGUGAAGGCCAUCCGCUUCUCCCUCCCCCCCAACAAAGAGGAGGACCCAUAUAAAGAGAUCAGGGAGACGAAUGUUGUGGUAGAUGAAGAGGAGAGAGGCGACAUCGAGACUGUAAGCAGGAAUGGAUCUCAGCAGCACCUGGCAGAGGGAGGCACAGGACGAGACAUGACAAAGGAGCAGAAAGCAGCGAACCCCUUCAUGUGUGGUCUGUGCUGCAGUAAAGCUCCUGCUGUGUCAGUGUGGAACUGUGAUGGAGAGAUUCUGCCCUCCACUGAGAUCCUCAGCAGGAUUCAUGGCCAGCUGGUGCGUCUGUAUGCCAGGGGCAUCGAGGACAAAGCAGCCAUACACAGCUGCAGCGGGGAAGGACUAGUGUGAAAGGGGAUGCACCCGAAACAAAAAGUCAGCUAAACUGUGGAUGAUGACAGAAAAGUGACAGAGUUUCUAAUUUGUGAAUUCACUGAGACAGCGAGUCUGUCAUGGCCAAAGAGUUCCUACAAUUUCAGGUACUUUUACAUGUUUUCUCAUUGCAAUAAUGAGAUAACUAUUUAUUCUUAAAUGAGUGUGUGUUUGUCGAAUACUGCUGCUUAAAACACUAAUAAAAGACUUGCUAA